CGCUACUGACAGACAUGACAUUUGUCUCGUUUGUCCACUGUUAAAUGUUCUAAAGACGAACAGAUGUAAGGAUUAACUGCAUAGCUAAUACCAGUCCCAUAAAAAACAUAUGCUAUGCUAUGUUAUUUUGCUAAGUCAGGAGGAGUCCUGCAAUUUAUCGUAAGAUCUGAAGUAAUCAACUAGCGUUUACGUGGGCAGUGCUCAGAAGCAGACUGGAAGAGAGAGUAUUCUAUGGCAGUUUCAAGAACUGGACGCCUGCUCUCAGCCCGGCUUCUUGGGGCAUAUACGAAACCGCUUGUUUGGGAACCUGCUUCACACUUUUGGUCUGUUCCUGACAGGGGAUAUCGGCGACCUGGUGCACCCUUGCCGUCUAGAUGGUUAUAUAAAAGGAUUUCUGCUAACUUUAACUUUGCCAAAGGGGUAGAUGGAGUACGGACAACCUUGAAACACUUGAAAGAUGAGUUUCUGCAGCCCUGGGUCGGACCCCAAGGAAAGCCUCUUAUUGAGCACAUGCUAGAGAAGACGCGGGUGUUGUGGGAAUUUCGUGGACCAGAGAGCCUGAAUAAGUGGGUCGUUUCCUCUGAUCAGGAGAUCGGUGGUCGCAGUGAGGUCUAUCUGAAACUGGGUAGAAACAACAAUACCUGUCUUCUGUACGGCACGCUAUCCGCUACCCCACCAAGGGACGGAGAGACUCGCUACAGUGGAUACUGCUCGAUGCGCUCAAAGCAGCUUUUUGCCUCGUUUCAGAGGAAGAAACACCUCGACUUGAGCAGCUUUAACACGUUACAUUUGCGUAUACGUGGUGAUGGGCGACCUUGGAUGAUAAACAUCAGACCACAGACCUUCUUCUCUCAUCAGCGUGUUGACGUCUACAGCUAUUUUCUAUAUACACGCGGGGGUCCGUACUGGCAAGAUGUCAAGAUCCCAUUUUCCAAGUUUUUCCUGACAAGCGGAGGGAGAAUACAGGACGCUCAACACUAUCUGGCACUAGACAGAAUUAACACCAUUGGAUUCACACUUGGGGACAAAGCAGAUGGGCCAUUCCAGCUGGAGAUUGAUUACAUUGGAGUGUGCAGUGACCCUGCCCACACUGAGGACUAUGCUUAUGAGGUUUAUAAAAGAAAUCCAGACGUGUAACAGGCAUCGUACAGGUCAUUCUGUCUGUCGAACUGUUGUAAGUUAUAUUACAGUAUUGUGCAGAAAACAGAGAAGGCAUAAUAAUUCCAUCUAGCUAUUUAAUGAAACCAUUGUCACAAUAAAAACACUGAAUAUGAACGUUUUUUUCUCUCCCAAUGUAGGUCAUUCCUUAGACUCAGUUUCAAUAGCAAAAGGUUUAAAAUUAAAACAAAAAUAGAAAGUUUUUUUUUUUAAAAGCAAAUAUUUACAAUUGUACCAAAGCCUACUUUUUUUUAGAAGGGAAACAACGGUCACACAUACACAUCUUUACAGGGAUAAUGGGGUAAUGUACAAGGUUUGUAUGCGUAUUGUGUGUAUAUAUAUAAAAAUGUAAUGACAGAAUUAAGACAUGGCUAGGCCUCUUCUGGCUCCAAGUAUCUUCUCUUUCUUCUGCUUCCUGCCUUCGGUGUGCUUCACUCGCCGGUCCUCCCUGGGUUAGCAAACAAUUUGGUGUCAGAUACUAGGCAAACACUACUAGGGCUGCACUGUUUGGGGAAAAUCUCAUUUCCAUUUCUGACAGAUAUUGCGAUUGUGAUUGCAAUACAAUUUUGUGAAGUCAAGCUUCAGUUCAAUAUCCCCAAUGCUGUUAAGUUUGGGCCACCUCUUGUUGGUGAGCAUGCCUAGUGUAUGAUGAGUAUGAGGAGAGCACUCCUGUAAGGUGAGCUUCACUGUCUCCACACAAGGAGGAAGACAUGAAUGUAAAUUGACAAUAUUAACCAUUGAGAUGGAGUUGCACUGCACAAUUAAUUGUAGCCUUUCUGAUUAGUCAAUUGCAUUACUUCAAAUUGCAAUGUGUCAGCUAUGUAGAUCGGCAUGAAAUACUGCCUUUCUGACAGUAUACAGAUAAUUCUUUGAAUUUCAAAAUAAGUCUCACGUACAUUGAUAUCUGUUCAACAUUAAAUAUGGUCUGACUAAGACCUUAUGGGAUAACAUAA